GCCUUACUGCGCACACCCGGAAAAAACAAGUCAACCACGUGGGUUUGACCGGAGGCCGAACAGGACGAAGUCUUCAUACAAAUGACAAUAACAACUAGGUGACGUCAUGAGGGGUCGCGGCCAUCACGCCGGACGAGCGGCGAGGAAGAGAAGGCAGAAACGAGAGAGCGCCGUCCAGUCGGUCUCGAUGUGUCACCAGCUGCCGUACGUGAGGCUCAUGAAGUUUCUUCACCAGCGGGGAUUCACCUCGACGCCGCUGCAGCCGGCGCUCUUCGCUGACACGGGGAGAGGACUUCAAGCUCUCAGAGGCAUAAAGCCGGGCCAGCUGGUCCUUUCUCUGCCAGAAUCUUGUCUCCUCACAACCUCUACUGUUCUGCACAGCUACCUGGGACAGUAUAUCAAGAGCUGGAAGCCCCGCCUCUCUCCCCUGGUGGCGCUCUGCGUCUUCCUGGUGUGCGAGCGCCACCUGGGAGAGGCCUCCGAUUGGUUCCCCUACAUCGACGUGCUGCCCGCCGCCUACACCUGCCCCGCCUACUUCGCCGACGACGUGGUGGCCGCUCUGCCGAGCGGCGCGCGGCGGCGGGCUCUGGAGCAGAGGGAGGCGGUGCGAGAAAUCCACUCGUCCCAUCGAGACUUUUUCAGAUCCCUGCAGCCGAUCCUGAGUCGGCCCGCGGACGAGGUGUUGACGUACGAGGCGUUGCGGUGGGCGUGGUGUAGCGUCAACACGCGCUCCGUCUUCAUGUCCCACCCGUCCAACCACUCCCUCUGCGGUCAGGAUGUUUACGCGUUGGCUCCUUUCCUGGACCUUCUCAACCAUCGCCCCGACGUGCAGGUGGAAGCGAGCUUCAACGACGUGACCAGGUGCUACGAGAUCAGGAGCGUCUGCGGGACGCCGCGCUACCGGCAGGCCUUCAUCAACUACGGUUCCCACGACAGCCAGCGCCUGAUGCUGGAGUACGGCUUUGUCGCCCCCUGCAACCCCAACAGCGUGGUCUACGUGGAGGCAGAUCUCCUCUGUGACGUGUUAAGAGGCGACGGGGGUUUGGAUCAGAAGAUCAAGUUUCUCAAAGAGAACAAUUUCCUUCAUAAUCUCACCGUGUCCAGUGACGGUCCCAGCUGGAGGCUGAUGACGGCUCUCAGGCUGUUGUCGCUGCCACAGACACUAUACAACCUCUGGAAGGCGGUGUUGCUCGGCCAGGUGCUGUGUGAGGAGAGAGAGGCGUGGAGCGUCCGGACGGCCAGGACUCUGUGUCAGCGACUCCUUCAAGAGUCUCGCGCAGCUCUGGACAAGAUCUCCGGUCUCCUCGGACGCAGCGACCAGCGGGUCAGGGAGCAGCUCCAUGUGGUCGAGUCACUGCGACAGGAGGAGAGGUGCAUCCUGGGAAGCUGUCUUGAGGCGCUGGAAGGCCCGCCGGGACAAUCCGGCGAACUGUUGUCAUGCCAACCCGAUGUGGACGAGGCGAGAUGACGUCGGAUCGGUGCCGGUCGCCACAAGAAGCAGAGUUCGAGGCUCCUGGCGGCUCCUCCGGCCCGGGACACGAUGCAUCCGGAGGGCUUCUCUCCUCUCCUGAAGGAGCAAUAAGUGAGGAUGCGUCGCUGUGAAAGGGGGUGUGGCCACUCGGCCGGUUGAUGAUCUGGUCACCACCAUCACAGAAGGACACGCGGGUCACUAACACGACUCAGUCUUGUUUAUUUUAUGAUUUAAAGUGACAGUACAUUUCACCAUUAUUUCCUUUCAGGAAUUUGGUUUGAGAUUCAAGUUUUUACUCCAUCGAGAAUGUUAGGUCGUAGUAUCCACGAAUCCUGCUGAUUACACCAGAGAACAAUCACAGCACGAGAAACAAAGACACUCGGUCGACUUUUACGAGUUUUACUUGCUGCACGAUGAGCCCGGUCAAGAAUCUUCGAGUACUAGACUCUUCACUCGAUCACAGACCAAAAAUGUCGACUCCAGGUUUAAAACGGCUUACACAGGUGAGUGUAUGUGUGCGUAAGAUAACGAAUGAGUGUGUGCAAAUGUGUUUGGGACUUUCCUCCCAUACAUGAAGUUGUUUUUCAGUUUUCUGGAGAAAAUACAGCCGAGUCUGCCGUUUCCUGUUUUAACACAAUGAAACAGUAUAUUGCGUAAUGAUAAUCGCGCAAUAAGCAGUAUUCCCUAACAGAGAAGACAACAACUGCACCAGUAGACAGGUUAUAUGACACUUAAAUUGGUUUAUUUCACAUCGUCAAUUCGUAAACUUGGUUGCUGUAUUUACACCAAAAGCAAGGACUUCAGUCGUCUAGGUUUGAUAAAAAUGUGUAUUAAUUGAGUCAAAUAAAGCGUUGCAGAUUUUCAAAGAAACCG